CAACUUAAAAGAAAGCACAAAACCCAACCGUAUUCUCCUUCUUUCUCCUUUCUUGAUCUUCCUUCAUGGAGUUUUUGCUGGCAGUCUAUCUCCUUCCGUUCUUCUACAUCUCUUUCCUCCUGUGCAAGCUUCUUCUCCAACGCAGAAACCAAUGCUGCUAUCUCAUCGCCUACGAGCUCCACAAGGGUCCUGACGCCUACAAGCUUGACACUAAGACCUCCGGCGACGUCGUCCUCCGCAACAAAAGCCUCUCCCUCGAAGAUUUCCGCUUCUCCCUCCGCACCAUCGUUCGUUCCGGCAUCGGCGAAGAAACCUAUGGCCCCAACGUCGUCUUCUCCGGCCGUGAAGCCUCCCCCACCCUCGCCGACGCCCACGACGAGAUGGACAACAUCAUCUUCGACACCCUCGACUCCCUCUUCUCCUCCACCUCCCAUGCCGUCUCCCCCUCCCAAAUCGACAUCCUCGUUGUCAACGUAUCCCUCUUCGCCACCGUUCCCUCUCUCUCCUCUCGCAUUAUCAACCGCUACAAAAUGAGAGAGGACGUCAAGUCGUUCACCCUCUCCGGCAUGGGCUGCAGCGCCGGCCUCACCUCCAUCGCUCUCGUCCGCGACCUAUUCAAGUCCUACCGCAACGCCUUCGCGGUCGUCGUCAGCACCGAGUCCAUGGCGCCCUACUGGUACUGCGGCACAGACAGGUCCAUGAUGAUCUCCAACAUUCUCUUCCGCACCGGCGGCUGCUCCUUGCUUCUCACUAACAACUCAUCCUUUAAGCACAAUGCAAUUCUGAAGCUCAAGUGUCUGGUACAGACCCACCACGGCGCCAGCGACGAGGCCUACGAAUGCUGCAUGCAGGUGGAGGACGAGCUAGGGAACCGAGGGUUUCGCCUCACCCGGAGCCUAACCAAGGUUGCCGCCCAGGCUUUGACCGAAAACCUGAGGAUUUUCCUGCCCAGAGUGCUGCCCAUAAGAGAGCUACUUCGUUUUGGGAUUGGCAAGGGCGGCGGGGUUGGCGGUGCCACGGGGUUGAACCUGAAGACGGGGAUAAACCAUUUUUGCUUACACCCCGGGGGGAGGGCGGUGAUGGACGAGGUGGGGCGGGGCUUGGGGUUGAACGAUUACGAUAUGGAGCCGGCGAGGAUGGCGUUCCACCGGUUCGGGAACACAUCGUCGAGCAGCCUGUGGUACGUGUUGGGGUACAUGGAGGCGAAGGGGAGGUUGAAGAAGGGGGACAGGGUGAUGAUGUUGGCGAUGGGGGCAGGGUUUAUGUGUUUGAACUGUGUGUGGGAGGUGAGGAAGGACUUGGACAGGAAGAAUGUGUGGGAGGACUGCAUAGACAGGUACCCUCCAAAAAUUCUAUUGAGCCCUUUUGAGGAGAAGUAUGGUUGGAUCAAUGACCCAAAUUUGCAGAUUACAGUUGAAGAAUUUAGGAACAAACAACUGAACCUUUGAUGCGUAGAUAUUGCUUUGGUUAAUUUUGCUCUAUAGUACUUUCUGUUAGCUUAACGUUGCAUGCAUGCGUGUGCUUCGAUUCGUAAACUAAAAGCUCUUCGAAUUUCGUAUGUAAGGUGAUAUAUAGGUGCCACUGUUUGUGUGUGUAAGACUGUAUGGUCUUUUUCCAAUUAACUAGUUCUCAAUUGAUCAAUUCAAAUGUAGAAUAUAUGGGGAUACAUGCCAAUAUACAUGCAAUUGGUAGAUUUGAAA